UCAACCGCUUCAUUCAAAGCCGAGUACCGGAGGGCGGAGAGCGGACUGUGUUUGGAUUAUUCACCGACAGAGGACUGAAACAUGUCGGGGGAAAAGGCGACGAGUCCUUGUAACAAAUUUCAAGCAAACAUUUUUAACAAAAGUAAAUGUCAGAACUGCUUCAAGUCCCGUGAGCUGCAUUUGUUAAACGACCAUGACAUGGAGCAGGCAAAACCCAUCUAUGGAGGCUGGCUGUGUUUGGCUCCAGUGGGGACAGAUUUUGACAAUCCCAUGCAGCGGUCAAGGAAAUGGCAGCGGCGCUUCUUUAUCCUCUAUGAAGACGGCAGCUUGAGCUUCGCCCUCGAUGAACUUCCGAGCACUUUGCCACAAGGGACGGUGAACAUGAAUCUGUGUACGGACAUCAGUGAUGCAGAGCCCAGGACAGGCCAGAGAAAUGCCCUCUGCAUCGUCACGUCAGAGCAGGAAAUAUUCAUCCGUGCUGACAAUAAAGAGAUUAUUAAUGGGUGGAGUGAACAGCUUGCUGUCUAUCUACGGACUAAUAAGCAGAAUCAGAAGAAAAAACGCAAAGUGGAACCUAUUGCCACCCAGGAACCCAGCCCAGCAAAGAUGGCUGCAACUGAUCCAAGUUUCCCAUCCUCGGUGAACGCUGCAGAGUCCGGCUGCGGUCGGUGGCAGGAAGACCAGCAGCAGGGCAGGGGACCGGGUGAAACCCCCAUAUGGACUGUCCCAGACACAGAUCCCCCAGGCCCGGAGAAGACCCCUGCAGGCAACGCAUCUAGUUACCUGUGCCCGGUCUCUUCUGGCAGUUUCAGGAGCCCAGUCAGCUCCUUGGACUUGUUGACCAGUGGAAACACCGACCCCGGCAGUAACAAGCAGCUGGCUGAGUCAAACACCAACCAAACAUCAGCAAACAACAAGAACCAGAGCCAGGACAAAAGCCCUGGAAGCCUAACAGAGAGGCUGCUGGGAAUAGAGGCCACCAGGAAAGAACAGGAAGAAGGGGAGACAUCUGUUUCCAGGACGGGCAGGAGUGAAGCUCGCACCAACAAGCGGGAGAAGCUGCAGUCAUGUGGAGACAUAGCCCAGCUCACUGCACCCCCACCACAGAGGAGAUCCAAGUCUCUGGACCGCAGGACGUCCGACAACGUCAUGACGCCAGAUUUAUUGAACUUCAAAAAAGGCUGGAUGGUUAAAUUGGAUGAAAAUGAACAGUGGAAGAAAUACUGGUUUGUUCUGUCGGCUGACAGUCUGAGGUACUACAAGGACUCAAUAGCUGAGGAGGCUUCAGAUCUUGAAGGAGAAAUCGACCUCACAAAGUGUUAUAAUGUGUCUGAGUAUCAGGUGCAGAGGAACUACGGUUUUCAGAUCCAUACCCCAAAGGGUGUCUACACGCUAUCUGCCAUGACUUCAGGGAUACGCAAGAACUGGAUCCAGGCUCUGAUGAAAAAUGUACGUCCAGCCAACGCCCCAGAUGUAGCCAGUUUACCUGGCCACCACGUUCCAUGCAGUCCUCCUGAAGCCCUCCCCAAACCAGAUGUGACUCAGGACUCUCCCCUCGCUGACGUCUCCUCUGAGCGAGACCCUCAUGCCAAACACAGGAGUGUGAUGGAGAGACGGCGGGAGGGACGCUACAAAACCUUCGACUGGGCCGAGUUCAGGCCUCAGAACAAACCCGAUCCUCAAACGACCAAACCUCCGUGCUCACUGGAGUUGGGGGAUCUGGAGAGGAGGAAGAGGAGGGAGGAGAGGAGGAAGAGGUAUGAGAGCAUGCUGGGCUUCCCUCUGGGUUGGGAGGCGACUGAAGAUAAAACAGCAGAUGGCGGUAUCCGAGCACUGAGUCCAAAAUCACAGCAGAAAGCGGAGGAAGAGAUGGAAGAUUGCUGGAGGCAGGUGGAGAAGACGGUGUUCAGACUAGAGAGAAGUGUCCCGCUGUUUACUGAAGCCAGAGACUCUGUGGAGAUGGAGAAGCUGCUGGACAGCUACAGGAAGAAGGUGGAGGAUCUGAAGGUCCAGCUGGCAGACUCGGAGCAUCACAGACUGGAGCUGGAGGCUCAGCUGGCUGCAGCAGAAUGUUAUCAGCAGCAGCUGGCCCCUCCUCUAAGUCCUGAAGCAGACUUUUGCCCGUCAAACACAAAUGAAAAGCCAUUAAACAGCCACACAGAGACCCUGAAGCAUGUGUGCAAAGAAACCAGAGAGCUCUUACAACAACAGAACAUCAUCAGCAUGCAGGAGCAGCCUUCAUUACCACCUCAGACUCCCAGCAUCUGGCUGCAUGACACGGAGGGAAAUUUACAAGAACUAGUGGAUUUGCUUCCUGAGGAAGAAGAGACACCUUUAUCAUUAUCACCUGCAUCAGACAGCCAGCACUUAUUUUCUCAGAGUGACGGACAAACUGUAGAUUUGGACGUUGCAACAAUCAACCACCAGAAUCAGCUGGACAGAGAUGAUUGUGAGCAGAUCCCCAGCACAGACACACAAAUAAAUACUAGUGAAUAUGGUUCUUUAACCCUGGAGACGCCUGCAGAGGCAGAUGACGACUCACUGAACUGCUGUGUGGAGCAACACAUUCCUCCAGACCAGGCGAUGGUGAGGAGGCUUUCCAAAGAGGUGGAGCUGCUCACCAGCCAGAACGAGGCUCUCAACCAGCGCAACCAGGAGAUGCUGAACCAACUGACGGAGGCUGACCGCGAGAUAGAGAGGCUAAAAGUGGAGCUCAGCAGCAGGUACACAGAACCCCAUCACCUCCCUGAAGUGGAACAGCUGGAACAAACAAGGCUAGAAGAUCUGGAGAAGGAGCUGAGUGCCAAAGACCAGCAGCUCCUGGAGGCCCAGACCUUGAUCACCUCCCUGGAGGAGAAUCUGAGGGAGGUGGAGGCGCUGCUGCAGGUGAGCACCCCGACAAAAACAGAAGAAACAGAACAGGAGAAUAAGGGGUACCUGCUCCGCUGUUUUGAAGCCACCGAGGCCAAGCUGACGGAGUUGGAGAGGCGGCUAAACCAAUCAGAGCUGACCUGCAGGGAGCUCCAGAUGCAGAACGCAGAGCUGAAGGAAGCAGAGAAACUUCACCUUCAAAGAGCUGCAGAGGCGGAGGCUGAUAUCAAGAGGCUGAAUCAAGAGUUGGAGGAGAAGGAGAGGUUGAAAGAUGGAGAUAGCAACAGAUGUGUUUCUGGUGAAGAAAGGAUCCGGCAAGUGAUAGACGGGAUGGUCAUGAGGUUGAAAGCUUUGGAGAAACUACUGGAGGUGAUUGACACGUUGGAUUUUGGUUUGAGGAAGGAGGAAGAGAGGAAGCCUACAGUGGCAAGUCAGUUGAGGUGGGAGGAAGAGUUUUGGAGUUUACUGCUCAACAAACUGAACGCCUCCCAGUUUAAUGAGGAGAAACCUGAAGAAGUGCUUCUCGGUGAGGUGACAGAACGUAUAAUAGCAGAGAAACAAAUGCUUCUCUUAGGGCAUGGUCUACUUUCUGAGACAGAUGAAGGAAAGGGAGGUUUGAAAGAUCUGGAUAUUAUUUGGAAUACUGCAAGUAAGACAGAAAUGAAAAAGAUGGAUGAGAGCAGGAUAUUUGAUUUUAACAGCCAGCCAUGCGAGAUGGGACAUUUUAAAAUCUUCACACAGAUGAAAAUUUCUUUUCUGAGCCACCUCGCCUCCUCUGACACUUCAGUGCACGACAAACUCAAGUUGACAGCUGACAGGCUCUCUGAUCAGGAUCCCAGGUCUGGUUUCAUUCAGUCUGCGGCAACUGAAGCAUUUUAUUGCUGUCAUCUAAGCCGCCUUCAGUCAGAAUACAAGAGGCAACUUGAAGAAAGCAAACAAAAACUGCUCAGUUCGUCUCUCUCCUGCAGAAACUGUGCCAACUUGAUGGAAGAAAACAGGGAACUGAGAGCAAGAUUAUCAAACCUAGAAGCACAACAGUCAACAUCACUGUGCGAUAAGAUGGACAGGUGUUGUCAGACAGAGGACACUUACACACAGGACACAGAUUUUGAGUUACCGGUUGCAGAUGAAAGUAUUGCAGAUGGGGAAGGAGAAGACGAGAUGGGUGAGUGCCUGGAAAUCCCACCUCCAUGUGAUGAAAGCCAGUGUGAAAUCCAUGAUAUAGCAGAUGAAAACACAGAGAAAAGUGGUGCACACGGCAAGGAAACAGAUGUUUUGGGCUUGGAGAUGGAGCAAGUUUUAGUGCUGAGAAGAAGAGUGGAGGAGCUGGAGGAGCAGUUGGCUGUCAUGGCAGAGGAGAUGAAAGAAGAGUUUGAUGGGAAAAUGAGUUCUGUACAGACGCAACAUGAGAUGGAGAUGGAAAAGCUGAAGGCCACAUGUGGACGCGGCUUCGCCUCCAUGGAAGAGUCUCACCUGAAAGUCGUGGAGGAGCUGCAGCGUCGACACCAACAGGAAGUGGAGCGCCUCCUGGUGGACAGAGACCGACUGCUGGAGGAGGAAAGUGCUGCAACGGCAACUGCAAUCGAAGCCAUCAAGAACGCUCACCGGCUGGAGCUGGAGAGGGAGGUGCAGAGGAGAUGUCAGUCAGAGAACAGGACAGGAAACACACAUCUGGAAGAUGUAUACAGACAGCACAGUGAGGAGCUGGCCUCGUACCAGCGGGAGCUCGAGGUUUUGUCGCAGCAGUUCUCUCUGAAGUGCCUGGAGAACGGACACCUUGUUCAAGCUCUGGAUGCAGAGAGGAAAGCCUUGUGUCAGUGCCAGCAGGAAAACCAAGACCUGAGGACCAGAAACCAGGAGUUGAGCGGUCACCUCGCUGCAGAGAUCACCAGACUGUGCUCUUUGGCGAAGCAGGACGCUCUGCCGCUCAGUCAGGGAAUGGAUGUGUAUGAAAUGGAGAUUACCCUGCGAGUGAAGGAGUCUGAGGUCCAGUGUCUGAAGCAGGAGAUCACGUCUCUGAGGGACGACCUGCAGUCAGCACAGAGGGACAAGAGAAACGCCACAAAGAAGUAUAAAGACAUGUACACGGAGCUGAGCAUCACAAGGGCCAAAACAGAGAGAGAGACAGAUGAGCUGAGAGAAAACCUGAGGCUGGCUCAUCAGGCUCUGGACCAGGCCUCACCCUGAAACUAUUUUUUAAAAGCAACAUAUCAUUUUUCUUCACUGGAACGCAUAAUAGUCUCCCUCUAGUAUUACCAACAAAAAAAAUCAAGCAAAAAAUAAACAGUUUCAUCUAAUUUAAUAAAUCCAGGAACUUUUCUCCUCACACUUCCUUUUAUAUUUUGAGAUAAAGACGUUUAUAUAUUGUCUGUGUCAUGUGUCUUAUGUCUGGAUCCAUUAUUAACCUUUUUGCCACUGACUUUGUCCUUUUACAGUGAUUUCUACUGCAAUGGUCCUGUAAACCUGCACAUUAUUUUUAAUGUUUUCCCACAUAUCAUCAUAAAAAAUCAAAGUGGUUACUUUUGUGUGUUGUAUAUAUGUUUUUUGUACAGGUAUUUUUGUUACUGUGAUGCUUUAAUCUAACUUGUGCAAUUACAUGUUUUGUCAUACAUGUAUGUUUUCAUCCUCUGCUGUAAGUCAUCAAACUUUUCAAGCAAUUUCUUUAAUCAAAUUUUAAAUUAAACACAUUUUUAAACAUGCCUGGCAGGUAACACAAACUGUAAUUUAUAUGUGUACACUGCAGUAUAAAUAUAAAUGUUUUUUUUAAUUAUAAUUAUUAAUUAAAUCAAAUUGGCAGAUUACA